AUGGCCCACCAAGAGAACGCCGAGCGACGGGCUGCCUACAUCGCUGAGAAGGAGACCCGUCUAUACUACAGGCGAAUAUUUUUGGGUGCCUCGGAGAAGACUGAUGGCCAGAAAUACCUCGAGAUCCUGAAGGCAGAACAAGACAUCCUCUCGAGAGCUGAACAUUCUCUUGAAAACUACAGCCGCGAAGAACAAGAAGAUCGCCCUCAGCAUCCCUCUGUCGGCGAGGAUGACGUACUCAUCCACCCUCCGAGGACCACCAGAGCGAAUGAAAGAGAAUUACCAGCACUCGCAAGCGUAAGAAUCUCGAUCCCGCCGAUGGGGUCAGCGAAGCCGUACGAGACGCUGAAGAGGAAUUGGUCCAACUGGUGGAACGACGGUCAUCCCUCAUAUAUACUGUAUGCCUGCGAAACUUGUCGCCAGACCUCAGCUGUCCCCGAAGGGGCCGGCUGGGAUGUACUGCCGCACAACAUGUGCACUUUGACCACCAGUGUAUGGGCGCUGACAAAGGCUCUGGAAGAGACAGCGACUGAAGCGCCUACUGAGGCACUGGAAGAGGAAGAGGCGUAG